AUGCUGAAUUUCGGCUACAACUUGAACACUUCGCGUUCGGAAAGGAGAUUUGUCAGGCAUUUUGUGGGAGACGUCACUUUUGCCCGCGAGCAGGUUAGAACUCGUCAGAAGUUGUUUUUGCAGAGGAAUUUGGAGCAGGUCUUGAAUUACCAUCAAAACCGCCGUGAGGCGAGGAAGGGCUCGACAUCAGUGUUGCGCGAUUUUGACGGAGCUGUUAGAGGGGCGGCGGCGAGCGCGGCUGGGGCCGUUGCGGCGGGACUUUCUUCGGCGGACGGCUCUGCAACUUCAGGAGUUCCUUUUGCAUCUUGGCCCGUCCCUCGCUCAACACGGCCAGAUAUGGAGUCUAAUCCGCGAUCUUCCAUGUCGCGUCCGGAGAAGAGUGAGAGGAGCACGCGCCGAAGCAUACGGGGACUUCUCGAAAAAGUCUACGAACGCCCCGAGGCCGAACUGGUCUUGGACCUUGACAGUAUAAGAAAAAAACUUAACUUCAAGACCAACUAUCCGGACGACAAUGAAAGACCGGCAAAACGCCAGAAACGAGAUACCGUCAAAUGUCAAUGUCAUCUUACCAUUUGGGACAACCGUGGCGGCCAUGAGGCCGUGUUGAUCACCAAGUCAACCUACUGUCGCGUAACCGCGACGGAGACCGAGUCGAGGGGAUAUUUCGUCGACACAGAGUUGGACAAGCCCUUUGUCAUCAAGGCGGACGACCUCAAAGUGUCGGUUCCCACCAAAGAUGGAUCAAUUCUGGGUUUCACCGACAAGUAUUUUCUGGAAAUCAAAAUCAUUCCUUGUAGGAAUGGAAGCCGGUGGCCACCCAUUCCGCUGCUGGGCAAAAGUGAUGGGGAUCACUUUGCCCGCGACGCCCGCAAAACAGGAAUCGAGGACUUGCAAGGCGCAGUGGUGGCGAGAUACACGCAUCUGCCCCAGGCUCCUGACCCCGACGUUCCCCUGAGUGUGUUUUUUCUGCACGAAGGAAGGACGUAUAGAACAAAAUAUGGGUUGCAAGUGUUGUCUGCCUGGCAAAAGUCAACCUCGCCCGUCAAAUCCAUGAAAGCCAGGAGUACCGGCCUUGAUAUCGACUCGUUUCGACCGCCCAAACCAAGCGUUGCCGAGCUGCCACCGUCGACAAAGAAAGACCCAGUAGCGACGGCUGUGGUUGAGACAGCCCAACAGCCGGAAGUAUGCUACAACUUUUCUCCCGCUCUCUCGACUCAAAUGGCCCAAGACUUUCGAAUUGCAACUGUCAAGGGCUAUCGCUGUCCUCUAUGCACGAUAUGGAAGACAUCCAAGCUACAAAAUCUACAGUUUCAUUUGUCGACCAUGCAUUCCAAAUACCAUUUCUCGGUGCAAAAGCCACGAAGAGACCCAACGACCAACGAUUUGACUCAUAUUCAAGUCAGAGUCGACCUAGCCACGACCAUCAAGAAGCAGGAAGAAGACACCAAAGCUUUUGAAUGGCAGGUGCCGGACAACCCCUUCGACCUGACGGCUUACGUGGAAGGAGACCACAGCUGGGUAGGCGAGGAGACCUACAAAAAGAGUUCGCUGGCCGAACCUCCCGGCCCUGUGUCUGCUAGCAUCAAAAAACCCACUUCGGGAUCCCUCCCAGCGGAGGCUGUACCCGACUUCCGGCAGCCACAGCGCAAGAAGUAUCGGGCAAUCAGGCUGGAGUCCAAAUAUGAAGUGGAGGAGCCAGUCUACACGUCCGUCAGCCAUCGGCCGGUGUCUCCGAGCGAAGAACCGCGCAGCGAGACCGACGACGAAAUCGACAAUGACUGGCAGAUCGAACUACACAUGGAGCGACUGGACUUGGCCGCCAAACGCGAGGGCUGGAGUGAUUAUGAAUGCGAACUUCGCAAACGAUGGGAUACGCAUCGCAUGGAAGAACAUCUGGAACAUCCGCAGUAUCUGUCCAACAGUCUGAUCCGGUUUGUGCGCAAACAUCGCAACUGGCUGAAAAGCGCGGAUGACGACCUGCUCAUGGUGUUUUUCGAGUUUUUAGAGAGUCUCAAGGACCGAGGCGUCGUCGACGACAACAAUGUCUCGGAUGUGAACGAGCUGAUCUUUCAAGAUGAGGAUGUGUCAGAAGACACUCCGACGACGAAGCCGAAGCCGAAGCCGUCGACUCUGAAAACCAGCCCUUCAGGGACCGAAGCAUUUUCGAUGACGACCCGAGGACGCCAUCGUCGUGAAACAGAUCCACAGACUUCGAGGAACUUGAACUCAACAAUCCCACUUGAACCCUCCUCUCUACACGAUGGCAUUGGCACGCCUACCUCUACUCCGAAGGAGACAAAGCAGACACAGACACAGACACAGACCCAAACCCCAGCUACCAAACACACAGGCUUUAACUGCGGCCACUGCGCAAAACCGAUCAACCGCGUGAUGCACAAUGCCAUCCUGUGUGCCGACCCGGCAUGUGAGACCCCCAGAGUCAUGUAUCAUCGAAGAUGCGCCCGGCUGCAGCUCGGCUACGAUGCCUCCCGCACCCACACACUGGAGCAGACGACGAAAGACAAGGUGCUUGUCCCUUCGGCUGCCAAUGCAAAUACUGCCAAACCCGGCGGCCGCACGAGCAUCGGUACCACCACUGCCAACGGCGCAGGCAAGCAGAAGAACCACCUCGAUCUUCCAGUCAUAAACUGGAGCUGUCCAACCUGUGUGCAGAGGCAGAAGGCUAAAGCCAAGGUCCCUCCUGCUCUCAUCUCAACCGUGACUCCGACACUCACGACAAUCAUACCUACGAACGUGAAGACGCCCAGCGGUCUCAGGACUUUUACCACAUGA